CUUUGAUUGUCCGUGGCGCCCUCAAGUAAUUUUUGUUCACCCACCAAAGGGCAGUGCCGGGUUUGUUUUGAAACUAAAUCGAAGAAUUUAUUUCAAACCGGGAAGAAUUUGGCCAAAAGUUCAUAUUUAUUGUCUUUUGAACUUGAGAUGGCAGAUGAUGGAAAAGAUAGCGUUGAAGUAACUUCACAAAUUGAGUCGGUUAACGGCACUGUAGCGCCACCCAAUGACUCGAUUGAGCCCGAGGAAAAUGAAGUGUCGGAAAAAAAUGAAGAAAAAAUUAUUGAAGAAGUUUCGAAUGAGGCUCCUGCCGAGGCCCCUGUGGAAGAUGGGACAACGACAACCGUUCAAUUCAUCGCUGUAUCAGCUGAUGAACAUGCUCGUAUGGUCACCGCUGGCGAGUUACCGGAGAGCGUGCAUGGGGCCGACGUACAUAUGCAGAUACCAGGCGCUGAAGCACAACAAGUUCGAUUAAUCGCAGUAGACAGCAACGGUGUUCCCGUCACCGAGUCAGCGAUACUGCAAGCAGCUGCGGAACAAGCGGGCAUUGUUUUCAUAACAAAGGACGACAAUGGACAUGAUUCGCAGAUAACUAUUGACCAAGCCAUGCAGUUGUCCAUGAGGGAGAACCCCCCCAUGAUAACGGCGACCACUGCAGCCGUCGUGCUCGAACAAAAAGAGAAAGAAGUUCACCAGGAUACCGAUGGCAACGAUACAGAAGACGAAAGCGAGACAAAGAAACCAUCGGUACGGAAACCACGAUUGAAACUUCGCGUGUACAGUCAGAAGGACGGUGGAGUUGACGAGGUGGCAACGUCGUUCCUCGAUGACGGGAGCCUCGCUCUCACUGAUGAAGUUGAAACUUUGGAAGAAAAACCAAACGAUGAAUCAGUUUACGAGUUCCAGCAGCGUCAGCGAGGAACAAUGGAAGAAUGGAGAGACAGGGAAUGUGAAAUUAUCUUGAAGGAUAUUUUACAAACAUUGAAGGACGAGGAUCCACCAACGGGUGGCGACACAGAGCAACCCAGUGAUGUCACAAUGCUUGACCCAACCAUGUUUAAAAAGAAUUCGAAGCGAGCUACGGAUAAAAGUCGCGACCGUCGUAAGAUUUAUCAGUGUCGGGAAUGUUCGUUCUACAGCCAUCGUCAUAGUAACUUGGUUCGGCACAUGAAGAUCCACACCGAUGAGCGACCUUAUAAAUGCCAUCUUUGCGAACGAUCGUUUCGUACGAACACAUUACUUCGUAACCACAUCAACACACAUACAGGAGUGAAGCCGUACAAAUGUACAGUUGAUGGUUGUGUUAUGGCAUUCGUAACCAGUGGUGAGCUAACCCGACACACAAGGUACAUUCACACCCACGAGAAACCUUUCCGAUGCACGUUGUGCGAUUAUGCGAGCGUCGAAAUCAGCAAACUACGCCGACAUUUCCGUUCCCACACUGGGGAGCGACCUUAUUCUUGCGAGGAGUGUGGCAAAGCGUUUGCUGAUAGUUUUCAUUUGAAACGACAUCGAAUGUCGCACACCGGUGAGAAACCUUACGAGUGUCCGGAAUGUAACCAGCGUUUUACCCAGCGUGGUAGUGUGAAGAUGCAUAUCAUGCAGCAACACACGAAGACGGCUCCGAAGUUUAAAUGCGAGAUUUGUCGAACUUUGUUGGGAAGGAAAAGCGAUUUAAAUGUCCAUAUGCGGAAGCAACACGCUUUCCAGG